AUGAGGAGGAGAACAGGAGCAUCUUCACGGACUUCUGCAAGAGUUUAUCUAAUAUUUCCUCUCAGGCGCGCUUCAUCGACUCUUAAACUGUACAUUCUGGAGCAAUAUAACACGAUUGAGGAUUAAAAACAACAUUUCUGCGAUUUUACACGGACUCAGAUUCAGGAGGAUGAAUUUAUCAUACACAUUUAUUCUUCUGCUAAACGUCUUGUCAUUGUACGACUGUAAUGAUGCAGCGCAGGGUUGUAUGGAUAAGCAGAGAGUGAUGGGAAUACUGCGUCAGAUGGAGAAAUUUCUGAAAGGACAGGAGAUACGAUUCACAGAAGGACUGCGGAUUAUGAAAUCGAAGCUCACCAACCUUCAAAACUCAGUGUCCAAGUUCCCGCAAGCAGACCAGUCCUCGUCUCUGUCCUCCUGCCCUCCUCUGGUGGCACCAGCUAACGGGAGGAAGUUUGGCUCCAAGUAUCUGCUGGGUCAUGAAGUGCAUUUCACGUGUUUGCAGGGCUUCCGUCUGGUGGGACCGGUGACACGCGUGUGCCAGGAGAACGGCACCUGGAGCGGAGCCACUGCCAGCUGUAAAGAUGUAAGCGUGUGCUCCAGUAACCCAUGUCAGAAUGGCGGCACCUGUGUGGAGGCUCUGAACAAGUAUAAGUGCACCUGUCCACACAACUGGAGCGGCAGUCAAUGCCAAUACCAGACGCAGACAGCGCCUCCGGAGUGGAGCGUCAUGAAUGACCCGGCCUUCAGUCGUAAACCUCGCUGUGCUAAAGUGGACCGAGCGCAACACUGCAGCUGCGAUGCUGGAUUCCACAUGAGCGGCACCUCAGACAACAGCAUCUGCCAGGAUGUUAAUGAAUGCGAGGUGUAUAAAGCUGACCGUGGAGGGCCUCUGUGUGUCCAUGCCUGUGUAAACGUCCCAGGAUCCUAUCAUUGCUCCUGUCCCACCGGAUAUAAGCUGCUCGCUGAUGGAAGAAGCUGUGAGGAUGUGGAUGAAUGUCUUACACAACAGCACAACUGCAGCCGCGGCAGCACCUGUAUCAACACCGGCGGAGGAUUUCAGUGCGUGAGCCCCGAUUGCCCGCCAGCACACGCCAACGCCAGCUACGUCAAGACUUCACCACUUCAGUGUGAAAGGAACCCCUGCCCGAUGGAGAGCCGCUCCUGUCCUCUUGCAGCAAAGACCAUCUCCUACCACUAUCUGUCUCUGCCGUCCAACCUGCGCACCCCUGCCACCCUGUUCCGCAUGGCCACCGCAAGCGCUCCAGGACGGCCGGGUCCAGACAGCCUGCGUUUCGGGAUCGCCAGCGGAGGAGAUGCGCGGAGUCUGUUCGUCAUGCAGCGCUCAGACCGACAGACUGGAGAGCUGAUCCUGGUUCAGCCGUUGAGAGGACCACAGGAGCUCAGUGUGGAGGUGGAGAUGUCCGAAUACGCCGAACGCUCCUUCCAGGCCAAACAUCUGGCGCGGGUCACUCUUCUCAUUUCACCAUAUGAGUUCUGAAGAGCAGAUUCGGAGUUCAGGCUUGGACUUGAAUAGGAAAGAAGAUUUUCCUUAUUGCUGAAGACGAGUUGUUCAUAGAGCAUGCCUGGAUUUUGAUGCUGGGAUGAAGCAAAAGUGAUAGAAAGUAUAGUAGAAAGUAAGACUGCUCGAUAUUGGGAAAAUAUGCGAUAUUGGAAAUUAAAUUACAAUAAAAAAUGAAAAACUAUAAAAGAAAGUAGGGCUGCUUAAUGUUGGGAUACCAUGCAAUUAUGCAAAUGAGAUCAGAUUAAAUAAAUUUAAAAGUAUAGUGCAAAGUAGGCAAUCCAGGGUCAUUCUGAAAAUGUACCCCUAUAUACAUUUCUGGAGAGUGCCAAAUACUUCCCAGGAGAUCAAUUUUUUGCAGUUUUUGUUUUUCCACCUGAGGCCGCUGUGUAUGCUUUUUCAAAUCUUAAAAUUCUCUCGCGAGUGCCAUUCGCGCCUGCUAUUCUCUCGGAAAUCCACCAGAGGUUGCUGUCGACUGACUGACUGAC